GCGAUCAUUUUUCACAACUUUCGACGGGCACUAUCUAGGCAAGACUGUUUUGAUGAACUCAAAUUUUUGUAUGGCGAUAAAGCACCAUUCUAUACGACUGUUACAGGGUUUCUCAGGCCAGCUCAACACCGUAACAGCACUUUUCAACAACGUGAAAUGUGUAUUCCAAUUUGUAUAUCCAAUUCGAACCCGGUAACUCUUUUCAACAUGGUAAAACUAGGUCUCGCAUCCAUAAAACCAUUACUCGGCACUAGGAAAUGCGUACUUGACAAAUACGUCGCUGACUGAAUGUUUAUACUGCCUAUUUCGAUACUAUCAUCAUCCGUACCAUUUCAUUUGAUAUAAUCAAAUGAAUAUCAUAAGUUUUAAAAUUUAAUUAUUUCCAAAAUAAGCUGACAAACCACACAUAUACGAGUAUAUGAAAAAAUAAUCUAAUUUAUUAUUGUUUGGUUUGUUUUGAAAAUAAAUAUAUGUAAUGCGUUGUAUAAUUUGUAAAACUAACGAUUGUUUUGAAAUUCGAUUUUUUUUUUGAAUUUAAUAAAGAAAACAUAUUAACUACAUAUGCAACUACUUUACGUAAAUUUCGAAUUUUAUUUCUUACACUGCUGAUUGUUUUUUUCAAGCGAAAACAGUUGUUUUGCUUCAUAAAUUACUUCUAUACAUGGUUAAAGUAUUCAAUUUGAAAAUGUAAACGCUAAUUUGGGUUUGGACAACAACACCUUUUACAUAGAAAAAACCUUUCCAUUAGAAGAGAGGCAAACAACAAGUAGCGUGAUACGUAAAGUAGUCUAAAAGUGUAGUCUAUCUAAAAUGAGUGAACCAGGCGAAAAUUUGGAACAAAACAAUGAUCACGACACCGAUAUGGAGCUUGAAACUGAAGCAGUGAUGGAUUCUUCAACAACACAAAAAAGGAAGUUACGAACGACCAGCAAUAUUGAUCGCGAAAGAGUUAUCAAUGCUCAUCAGAAGGGAUGUUCUGCUGCCGAUAUAGCUGCCAGAAUGCUGAAUAUAAACCGGUCAACAGUUUACAGCAUCAUUAAGAAAUUCGACAAGACAUUCGAAGUUAAAGCUGCAAAACGUGGAGGUGAUAAAGAAAAAAAGAUCAGCCCGGACAUAGGGCAAAAAAUAAGGGACUGGAUUGAUGAGAAUUGCACAAUAACAUUGCAACAGUUAGCCGACAAAGUUUUUGAUGAUUUCGGGAUACGCGUUAGCAAACCUACUGUUGCCAGGGAAAUCAAAAGUUUUCGCUACUCCUUAAAAUGGAUCCAAAAAAUACCCGAGCGCAGAAAUAACCCACAAACCCUAGAAAUUCGUAAGGAGUACGCUUCACGCUUCUACGCGUUGCCAGGACAGGUCGCUGAUACAAAUGUGAUAUUUGUUGAUGAAGUGGGUUUUUGUGUAAGCAUGAGAGCAAGUCGCGGUAGAUCGGCAGUAGGAACACCAGCUGUGAAAAUCGUUUCACAAAUACGCACAAGAAACGUCUCAAUAAUAUGUGCCAUGAAUCGGUCUGGCAUACAGCUUUAUAAAACAGCAGAACGAUCAGUCAAUCGUGAUUCCUUUUUGGAAUUUAUGAGGGAUUUAAAACAAAAAUUAACUGAAAGCUACAGUGGACGUAUCAUCUACGUUAUGGACAACGUAGCAUUUCAUAAAUGCUCCGAAAUUCGGCAGGCAAUUGAGGAUGAUGGGGAUGAAGUGCGUUACCUUCCACCUUAUUCGCCUUUUCUUAAUCCCAUCGAAAAUUUAUUUAGCAAAUGGAAGGAAAUUACGAAAAGGGCAAACGCGAACAACGAUGCAGAACUUAUUGAGGCAAUUGAUAGAGGAGCUUCACUCGUAACAUCGAGUGACUGUGAAGGAUAUAUCAGGAAUAUGUGGACAUACCUUCAUCGAUGCCUAAAUUUAGAAGAGAUCUGUGAUUAAGAAGAAAUUUGUUCAUUGUUGCUGAAUUAUUGUCUUGUUUUUUUAUAGAUAAGAAACGGCCUGGCCGUAUUUUUAUACGUACUAGACAUACUUAAAAGUUACUGUGAAUUUUCUAUUCAGAAUAAAAAAACGAAUUGUUGUUACUAGGUAUAAUAUCAUACUUUUUUAUUUAUCGAUUACUUCAAUUAUCUACGAGUGAUGUUCUGCUGUAUUAAUCUUUCUGUAUAUCUCACAACAACAGACGUAUACAUUUUUACUCGUUGUUGCCCAUAGAUUGAUCCGACACUGAGUUUAUUAGCUCCACAAAGUGAUGAGCCCAUCGCAACGAUCGAUCGAGCCAUCAAUAUUCCAGCGGUAAAAGUACUGAUAAAGAUACCACCGUAGAAGGAGACACGCAGACAAUGGUCGAUCGAUCGAAGCGCCACCAUUCCUGACUGAUCGAUGGAAUAAUCAAUGUUCAAGUUUGGAAUAUUCUGAAGAUGCAGUCUACCGCCGAGGAAGGAAAGCCGGGGAAAGGAAUGUAGAGGAAUUUAAAUGUAGGGUAAAUAUUAAGUUUAAAAGGCAACAUUGGGUCAAUAAAAGGACGCGCCCAGUGGAAGGGUUGUUGUGUGUGAUCUGGCAUAGUGACACUGUAUUUAUCGGAGGUGUUUUAAAUACUUAAAAUAUCGGAUCACUAACGGGUAGCAAUACGGAUAAGCAGUGAACGGUUACUGACAACUUAUCAGAUUCCCAUCCUUAAUCCGACGGUAUCUUUAGAUAUUUAUUUAUUUAUGUGACCUGCUCCUGGCAAAGCUUUUCAAAAAUCGCUUUCCGCAAACCUCUCGUAAAAUGGAUCUCCUGGCAACACUUUUUUCCUAGUUCCUAAGGAAUCGAUAUGUUUUAUAUUUCCCGAGACAUCUAAAUUCCAAAAGUGAAUCUAAAUGAAACUAUUCAACAGCCAGAAUUAUAUCAAAAAGCUUUAUUUUAUGCUACAUGAAUUAGAAGAGGGUGGUUAAAAGAAAAAGCAAGGAACAAAAUAAAAUUUUUAUAAAUUUUAUCUUACCAAGACCAAGACACGACUAAUUUUCAUAAACUAUACCAAUAGCAAACCUAAAAUAUGCUUAAUUCCUCCUAAAAUUAUAUGCAAUAAAUGUAGAUAAAUUUGGGAUAAGAAACAAAUUAUGCU